GUUAGAGGAUGCACACAAAAAAAUAAAUCAUAUGAAUGUCCUGAUUGCGGGAAAGGUUUCGGUCACAAUUCCCACUUGGUGGUACACCAGCCGCUUCACAUAGGAGAAAAACCCUUUGAAUGUCCUGACUUUGGGAAAGAUUUCAGUCAGAAUUCCCGUCUAGUGAAACACCAGAGGACUCCCACAGGAGAGAAACCCUUUGAAUGUCCUGACUGUAGGAAAAGUUUCAGCAAGAAUUCCCACCUAGUGAUAUACCAGAGGACUCACACAGGAGAGAAACCCUUUGAAUGUCCUGAAUGUGGGAAAGCUUUCAGUCAGAAUUCCUACCUAGUGAUACACCAGAGGACUCACACAGGAGGGAAACCCUUUAAAUGUCCUGACUGUGGGAAAGUUUUCAGUCAGAAUUCUGACCUCAAGACACACGAGAGGACUCACACAGGAGAGAAAUCCUUUGAAUGUCCUCACUGUGAGAAAGGUUUCAGUAAGAGGUCCAACCUGGUGAUACAACAGAGGACUCAUACAGGAGAGAAACCCUUUGAAUGUCCUGACUACGGGAAAUGUUUCAGUCAGAAUUCCGACCUAGUGAUACAUCAGAGG